AUAUUGGAGUGAUGAGUGGAGCAGCAAACUACAUCCAAGACGACUUCAAAAUCUCCGACGUACAAGUUGAAAUUCUCAUCGGAAUCCUCAAUCUCUACUCUUUCUUGGGCUCCGCUGCGGCUGGCAAGAACUCAGACUGGGUUGGCCGCCGGUACACCAUAGUCAUCGCCUGUGCAAUUUUCUUUGCCGGGGGACUUCUGAUGGGUUUCGCCACCAACUACGCCUUCCUCAUGGUUGGCAGGUUCGUCGCCGGCAUCGGCGUUGGCUAUGAUUGCACCGGUGUACACAGCGGAGGUUGCGCCGGCGUCGUGUCAUGGCUUUCUUACAUCUUUCCCUGCAGUCUUCAUUAA